CCUCGACAGUUCAUGAGUUGAUACAUAACCAAGAAAAACCCAGCCGGCAAUUUCUUAUCAUGUAGCCCUUACAUCCCCUUUUCUACUCUGUCUAUACCGCUUAUCCCAAACAUUUCAAUUAAUUAAAUUAAUUAGCUAAUUAUUAUCGAUUAAAAAUGAAGUUCCACGCGUAAUUAGAGGUGAGAGUAGUGAGGUAAUGGAGCUGAGACUAUGGCUCUACUAUUCGAAUAUAGCCUCGGUAACGUCAAAGCCGGUCACAAGGGCAGGACGUACGCUUCAACUAGACAAAGAACUAAUAAACGGUCGACUAGGAGUUCUCAGCAGAAAUUGGUUCGUGCCAAGGUUGACAACAAUGGUCGACUGAUCUACAGGCUGCUGAGUGGCAGAUCGUCCCGCCUAAAGAACAAACACCUGUUUGCGGGGUUGGCAAUCCUGCUAGCUUCAGUGACGCUGACCGCCGUGGUUGUCUACUACCUGACCAGUUCUGCCAACCCAACACGACGAGCCCUGGUCCGCAAGGAACCCCCCAACCCCGAAGAACCCCUCCCGCCCUCCAAUUCGGCCACACAUGCCUACAAGAAAGCUGCAGUCUGCAGCGAUGGAGCACCCUGCUCCCAGAUUGGCAGGAACAUUUUGGAGAAGAAUGGGUCAGCCGUUGAUGCCACCCUGGCCGCUAUGCUGUGUAACGGAGUGUUCAACGGCCAGAGCAUGGGGCUGGGAGGUGGAUUCAUCAUGACCAUCUAUGAACGCAGCUCCAAGAAGGCCUACUCCCUCGUGGCCAGGGAAUCUGCUCCCCUCAAAGCUACCAAGGAUAUGUUUGUCAAGAACGCUACUGCUGCUACCGAUGGUCCGCUGGCAAGCGGGGUCCCCGGCGAGCUGCGAGGCUACUGGGCGGCGUGGAAGCGGUUCGGUAAGCUGCCCUGGGAGGAAGUGGUCGCGCCGGCCGCCAAGCUGUGUCGAGAUGGCUUCUUCAUGAGUCACCACCAGUAUGACAGUCUCCAGUUCCGGCCCAAGCACAUGAUCGAAGCUGAUCCAAACCUCAAGGAAUGGUUCAUCCACCCAUCAACUGGCGAGCUCCUGACCACCGGAUCCCUGAUACGACCGACCAAUCUGUGUAAAACGCUUGAAAUCAUUGCCAAAGAGGGAGGAGAUGUUCUCUACAACGGAUCUCUGGCCGAUGUGUUUGUCGAGGAUGUACAAGAAUUGGGAGGAAUCAUCACCAAGGAAGAUAUGGAGAAGAAACAAGCAAUAUGGCGAGAACCAGUAGUGAGCAGUUUAAGAGGGGGCAAUACGUUGUAUACGUCGCCGGCACCAGGAGGGGGUCCCAUACUGGCUUUCAUUCUCAACAUCCUCGAAGGCUACAACAUGACUGAGAAAAGCAUUGCCAACCUGAACAGCAGUAUUCUUACCACACAUCAUAUUGUCGAGGCUUUCAAAUAUGCCUAUGCCAGGAGAACUAAACUGGCUGAUCCUGAUUUCGUUGAUGUUGCUGAACUAGUGAAAAACCUGACAUCGAAGGAGUACGCCGAGGGCAUCAGGAAGCUGAUCAGGGAUGACAUGACAUUCAACAAUGCGAGUCACUAUGGGGCCAUCUACCACAACAAGGAUGACCACGGCACCGCCCAUCUCGCAGUUAUGGCUCCCAAUGGUGACGCCGUAUCUGUCACUAGCACCAUUAACCUUUAUUUCGGCGCAGGUGUGACCUCCCGCCGCACAGGCAUAAUCCUGAACAGCGGCAUGGACGACUUCUCAAACCCGGGUGUGGUCAACUACCAGGGGGUGCCGGCCUCCCCCAACAACUUCAUAGCACCGGGCAAGAUGCCUCUCUCCUCCGUCAGUCCAACCAUCAUCACCGAUGACAACGGUGACGUCAUCAUGGUCGUUGGCGCCGCUGGCGGCACUAAGAUCACCACCGCUGUCGCUUGGGUUAUAAUGCAGUAUACGUGGUUCAAUCACACAAUCAAAGAGUCUAUCGACGCUAGUCGGAUUCACCAUCAACUGUUUCCUAUGGAAAUCAACUAUGAAUACGGCAUCACUGAGCCGAUGGUGGAAGGUCUACAGAAGUUAGGGCACAAAAUGACCAGAUACCGUGAUAAAGGCUCGGUGGUGUGCAGUUUGGUGCAGAAGAAUGGCACAAUCUAUGCCAAUGCAGACUACAGGAAAAAGGGAGAAGUGUAUGGCAUGAACUAACAUUUUAUCCAAAACAAUGAAGCCUGUGAUCAACUCGAAAGUAAAAUAAGUUUGCUAAAAAACUCUUAUUGUUAAUGUAUUGAUGUUUGUGAUCGAUUGAAAUUAACGGCCGUAAAAUGAGCUCAUGAUAUUGUCGCCCUAUUCGUUCAUUGGCUCAGUUAGAUGACGUGAUUUUACGGCGCAACCGGGAAAUUUUCCGCGUCAAGUAUGAGCAACUGGAAAAGAGUAUUUCGUAAUGAGUUACCCGAUUUCAAAUGUUUACAUUUCCAAAUAAAAAAAGAUGAGUGAAAUCGAGUAAUUUAUUUUGAAAUACUCUAAUUGAGAAACUUUGUUCUUGAUUUGUUAGUUGCCAUGAGAUAAAAAGUAUUAGUUGUUUUUUAUACAAUCUUCUAGGAUACUACAAUUAAUGAAUGCUUAUUUUAGUUUAUUCUUAUGCUAAAAUUAUUGUGAGAAGUGUCUAGUAUAAAAAUUGUGAUAGUUCAUGCUUUUUUCUAUAGACUCACAUAAAAAAUUAAUUAUUAUUAAAUAUUAUGAUUGAAAAAAAAAUAUUUUGUUUAUUUAUAGUAAAGAUUUCAUACAAUCUUCUUCGCUUCUAAAUUUGGAGAUGUUGAAUUUUUCUUAACAUUUUACAUAAUGAUAAUUGAUGCCAUGAUUUAACUUUUUAGGUUGUCCAAAAAUAUUAUGUCAAGGACUUUCCAUACAAUUCUUUCUUUGUUAAUUCUUCAUGUACAAUCCAAUCUUUCACAAAUGUUAGAUCAUCAAAUUUAAUAUGUUUCAAGUUUUGAAAAUGAAAUAAGUAGUGCAGAUAGAACUGGAAGAUAAUGAAACUAGUAUUAUCAUCGGGAAUCACUUGAAUUAAAUUCAAAUUAUUAAAACGAUUGAUAGUUGAAUCAAAAAUGGUAAAAGUAGUUUUCUUAGCCUAUGUUUUCAUCAUAGUAUGUGUUGUCUAAUAAUUGAGUUAAAAGAAAAAACGGGAAAUGUAAUUCCUACAAACCUAGAAGUGAUUUAUUCUAAAAAUAGUCAUUCCUGGAAAACAUAAAAAUGUGUGAGUGAAUCUCAUAGCUUAUUAACAUCUCAAAGAUGGCUAAAUAGUGUUAGAUUUUUCAUAAACCAUACUUGAAAGAUGUGAAGCUGAGUGAAUGAUGUAAGUGAAACAUAAAAUUGGCAACUGAUGUGAGAUGAAUAAAUUUUUUAGAAUAAAUUGAAUUGA